AUGGUUCAGAAAAUCUACUAUAAAACACCUCGUAGAUCAAAUGAAAAAGCGAAGAGCCCAGUCAAAAUUUUCACCCCACUUACAAAUAAUACUUCAUAUAACACACACUUAAUGAGAGUUAUAAAUGAGAGUAAUUAAAACAUGAGUUCAUCUUCAAUUGAUAAAUUCAAUCCUAUGUCAAACUAAGCUCCUUAAGUUAAUAAAAUUCGAUCUCAGACUAAUCAUCAUUACAAGAGAAUAAAGAAACUACAGAAAAGUGGCUAUUCAAAUCAUGAGUAUGCUAGGCAAAUUAAAUAAAAGCAAUUUGGAAUGAUGGUUCCCGAUCUUAACAAGCAAAGUGAUUCAAAUAUAUAAAUCGAGAAUAUUGAUAAUCUGUAGCUAUAACAAUAAAACUUUAGCCUCAAUGAUCCGAUGACUUUUCAUAAUAAUGAGUCAGUGACGAUUAAUAAUAACAUCUUAAAUGACUUCAGGUCUACUAAGGAGUCUAAUUUCUUCAGAGACAGCUAAACAAAGCCGACAAGUAGUUAAAGUACUUCCAUAUUUAGAAGCACAGCUCAUGCUAAUGGCAAAAAGACGAUAAAUUAACAGAUUCAGAAACAAACUAAGCAGGAGAUACUUGAACUUUAAAUCAUUAAGAAAUAACUUUUAGAUGAUAUAUCAAAUCUUAAACAAUAACAUCAGUAGCUUUAAAAAUAAGAAGAGCCCUAAGUACUAAAAGAAUUUACCUUUGACGAGGGUUAGAUAGGAGCAAAAGACUUUUAAAAUUUUACAAAAGAAGAGCUUUUGCAAACACUUAUAUUAUCUAGAGAAGAAGUAGUAGCUCUAAGACUAUAAAUCUAAAAGUCUAAACAGCAAAAUGAUGAUUUGAAUAAUCGAAUGGAUAAAUUGGCUAUAAGUAGAAAUAAGUAGAUGCACAGCUCCAAGUCAAAUAGAUCACCAAAAACAAAUAUGACUAAUACAACUUAAAAAAAAUUGCUAACUAAUAAAAGCCUUAGUGGUCACACUGUACUUAAGAAUCAUUCAAGUAGUUAGUCACUAACACCCAAAUUUUCCUAAAACCACAAUAACAGCACUAUUAGAGAUAAAUCUAGUACAAUUAUCUAAGUAGAGCAAUUAAAAAGUCAGUAUGAGAAAAGCCAAGAAUACUAUAUGAAAAGUUCAGUCGGUGUCAACACAGAUUAUUAUUAAUAAAGGCAUAAACUAAUAUAAACAGACCAGAUAGUUACUAUGACAAAGCAACCAGAAUUUCAAGCUUAAAGCUUAUUAUUGAGUAAAUCGGCUACAGAGGAGGACUUAUAAGGCAUGAAAUCAUCUAGAAGUGAAAAUGAAUAACUUUCCUAAGCUAAACUGAUGUUUUACUACAAAGAAAUACAACGAAUGGAAGCAAAUCAUAAAUCUGAAAUGACUAUAAUGAGGCAAAUGAAUGAAGAGUUAACAGAGGAUCUUCUUUUCAUCUAGAAAGCCAAGAUGAAAACGAUUUGA